AUCCCUUCACUGAAUGCUGCUCACAGUAAGGUGGAGGAUUGCCUGAUCUUGAAGCUGUUAAGAAAUUCUGCAACCUGACUGGGAUUUGUGAAACAUUUCAGAGUCAUGUCUGAAAAGAUGGUCGUGACCCAACCCAGGCCCUUCAUUAUGACCAAUGUAUCAAACCAAUGGACCUCUGGCAUCUGUGAUUGCUUCCAAGACCUCCCGCAGUGCUGCCUCGCCUUUUGGUGUUUUCCCUGCUUCACCUGUAAGACAGCACACGAGGCCGGGGAGUGUCUGUGUUUACCUCUGCUGGACUCUUUUGGACUCAUCCCUCCUAUUACCACAGCCGUCAGGGUGUCAGUACGCCAACGCUAUGGCAUUGAGGGCACAGUUUGCAGGGACUGUGUGUACUCCUUCUUCUGCGGGCCCUGCACCUGGUGUCAAAUAGCGAGAGAGAUGAAAACAAGGAAGAAUCCCAUAACCUUCAUCAACAUGUCGGCCCGAUAAGAACAGAAUGCUUCAUCGUUGCGUGUGAUGCGUUGCUGAUUAAAGCAUUGCUGCCUCUGUGGAAUGUCGCUGAGCAGCUGAUUGAAGAUCAGCACAUGAGGGUCAUAGAUCUUGCAUCACUUGAUGACGGAUAAAAUAGAUAAGCACACACUUCACCUUUGUGAUGUCCAUUACCAGAUUUUAAUGAGAACUUUACAGUGACAAUAGUGGUUUAAGCUGAACUGUAUUGUAUUACAGUUUUCAGGGGGAGGUUACUGACAAUCUACAUGGAUUUCACACAGAAAUCUUUUAAAUUUAAUAAGAAAUGUUUGUUUUUUUACUUGUUUCACUUUAAUUUCAAGAUGUGUGUUUCAUUUGUUCCUUUUGGAUAGUUGGUUUUGUCCCUGGUAUUGGUUGUUAUCCUUUAAAAGUAUGUAUAUGUUUGUAUGGGCUCAUUUUCACUUUUAUUUGAAAAGACAAAGAAGGCUGCCGUACUGACAAACGCAGCUCUUCAUAAGAUAUAAUGUGCAGGCAUGGAUUUUCAGCCAUGCUAGAAGCAUGGGUCUAAGGGUGACAGUGUGGAACUCUUGGUCAGUUUCCCACUUUGGUCCAGACUGAGAUUUUUCCAUGGAUGAAAAUUUGGUAGAGAAAUGCAUGUUCCCCUAGAGGAUGGAUCCUUCAGACUUUUCCUCUAGCGCCGUCACAAGGUUGAAAUUUAUUUUAUCCUACACUUUUGGCCCAAUACCUGCAAAACAAAUAACCUUCCCAUCAGCCUCAGCUGCAGGCAUACUUUGUGUUUAGUACUAGUGUUAGCAUGGUCACAACAAUGGUGACUAUGGUAAAAAAUGACCUGCUUACAGUAACAUUAGCCUGUUAGCAUUGUCACCGUGAGUAUGUUAGCAUGCUGAUGUUAGCAUUUAGCUCAAAGCAGCAAUGUGGCAAAGUGCAGGCUGUACACUCAACACUUUUUUUUUCCUGCACACCUUUCAUAUAGAUGUGUGUGAAGAUCACUUUUCUUGACAACUGGUUAUAUUCCAUUACUUACAAUUAGAAUAUACUGUAAUUCUUAGUUAGAGGAAGUUUUGCUAUGGAUGGAUUUAUGAUAAAACAUACAUUCUUCUUAUUUAUGUACCUGAAUCUUUCAGUCUGUUCCUAGUAUUUGUAUGACAUGCGAGUCCUCUUCAACAGUGCAUUAAAACUCAAAGCUUGUCUGAAGUUCAACAC